AUGGCGCUGCCUCUUCCAGACAAAUAUCGGUCGCCACCGAUCCCACCAUAUGAUGGCAUAGGGGAUCCAGACGAUCACCUGAAAAUGUAUACAGGGCAUAUGCUUCUACAUGGGUAUGCAGAAGAAAUCAUGUGCCGGGCCUUCCGUAACCAUCUGACAGAUUCUGCCCGAAGAUGGUUCAGAACGCUUAAACCAAGCUCCAUUUCUAGCUGGAAUGAACUGAAAGAAGCUUUCUCCCUCCAGUUUAUCAGAGUGAAGAAGUAUGUCCCUCCAAAGCAUAACUUAACGACGAUUUACCAAAAACCAAACGAGUCAUUAAAAGAAUGGCUUGUAAGGUACGGAGAAGCUGUCGCUACCACAACAGAUAUGACUAACCGGGAGGCCCUGACGGGGGUGAUGUCCAGCAUGAAGAAAAUCACUCCCUUCAAAAGGGACCUAAACCGGAAGCCACCGUCGACUUACAAAGAAUUCCUAGCACGGGCGCAAGGAUACAUCAACGCCGAGGAAGCUGACGUGAGCAACCUUGAACACAGGUCCAACAAAAAUAAAGGAACUGAGCAAGAGUCGACUGCAGGAAAGCAAGACGGUAAAAAGCGACGAGGCAACGGAGACAAGCAACCUGCCUCAACAUCGAACCCUCUAGAUGCCAAGAAGCCAAGGCAAGAUGAAAGCCGUAAGCCUCGACCUUUCCAGAGGUAUGACUCUUACCAUGAACUUACUAUAGGGAUCGAAGAGGUGUUCAACCAAGUCGGACGAGGGAAUCUAUUACGCCGACCCGAACCUAUGAGGUCGGACCCAAGCCGAAGGAAUCAGAACAAAUAUUGCAGGUUCCACGGCGACGUCGGCUAUAACACCAACGACUACGCCGACCUUAAGGAUGAAAUAGAGCGGGUGAUCCGCGAAGGAAGGCUGCAGAAGUUUAAGGCAGAGCGGAGGCUAAGGAAUGACAACCAUGGCGGCCAGAAUGACGAUCGACGCUAA